GCCAGGACAUGUCUUCCACGCGACAGUCAGCAAAGAAAUUCCUCAUUUUCGUAGGAAAAUUGCUGUUUACUUUGGUGGAGGCAAUGAUUUUUGGCUUACUCCCAAAGCCACGGAAGAACGUUGCUGGUGAAAUAGUCCUGAUCACAGGGGCCGGGAGUGGCCUGGGAAGGCUCUUAGCCCUGCAGUUUGCCCGCCUGGGGUCUGUGCUUGUUCUCUGGGAUAUCAAUAAGGAGGGGAAUGAGGAGACCAGCAGGAUGGUUCAGGAAGCCGGAGCCCCGCAAGUGCACGCCUACACUUGUGACUGCAGUCGGAGAGAAGACGUGUACAGGGUGGCCGAUCAGGUUAAAAAGGAAGUUGGUGAUGUCUCCAUCCUAAUCAACAAUGCUGGAAUCGUAACAGGAAAAAAGUUCCUCGACUGCCCAGAUGAGCUUAUGGAAAAGUCAUUUGAUGUAAAUUUCAAAGCACAUUUAUGGACUUAUAAAGCCUUUCUCCCUGCUAUGAUUGCAAAUGACCACGGACAUUUGGUUUGCAUUUCAAGUUCAGCUGGAUUAACUGGAGUAAAUGGGCUGGCAGAUUAUUGUGCAAGUAAAUUUGCAGCCUUGGGAUUUGCUGAAUCUAUGUUUGUAGAAACAUUUGCUCAAAAACAAAAGGGAAUAAAGACCACAAUUGUGUGCCCAUUUUUCAUAAAAACUGGAAUGUUUGAAGGUUGUACCACUGGCUGUCCUUCUUUAUUGCCAAUUCUGGAUCCAGAAUAUGCAGUCAGAAAAAUAGUCGAUGCUAUUCUGCAAGAAAAACUUUACUUGUACCUGCCAAAGUUUUUAUAUUUCAUGGUGUUUUUAAAGAGCUUCUUGCCCGUCAAGGUGGGACUGCUCAUAACCGACUACUUGGACAUCUUCCACGUAAUGGAUGGCUUCACUGGCCAAAAGAAGGUGCUAGAGAGACGCUCUGUGACUGGCGUCGUCUGAUACCCAACACUACAUAUGGCUUGUUUCCAUGAACAAAGUAUUUUAUGCAACAUAAAAUAUAUCUGCAGGCCACAA